AUAAAACCCGGUGCUAAUAGUACUUCUUCAAUCUGCACAUCCUGGAAAAUUUCCAUAAUCAGAAGCUACAAUUUCUUCUUCAGAGAAUGGGAAGCAGACAGCCAGAGGUUCUUUGGGCACAGCGUUCUGAUAAAGUUUACUUGACGAUUGCUUUGCCAGAUGCCAGAGACGUUUCUGUAAAGUGUGAGAUUGAUGGCCUUUUCAGUUUCUCUGCCGUUGGAGUUGAUGGCCAGUCCUUCAGUUUCACUCUCCAACUCUAUGCAAACAUUGUCCCUGAGGGAUGUAAAACGAAGAUUGGCUUAAGAAACAUAAUAUGUUCAAUUCAGAAAGAGAAGAAAGUUUGGUGGAAGAGACUGUUGAAGUCUGAAGAAAAGCCUGCUCCACAUCUUAAGGUUGAUUGGAACAAGUGGUGUGAUGAGGAUGAUGAAGAGUCAAGUGACUACUUGGGAUCUGAUGACGACGAUGUUGUGCAUACUGGUGAAGAUGGUAGCAGCGAUGAUGAAGGAAUGCUUUAUUUACCAGACUUGGAGAAGGCAAGAGGAAACUGAGAAGACCUUGUCAACCAACAUAGAUAACAACACAAUUUCGGUCUUUCUCAAGUGGAACUCUACUUGAACAGAACACAAGACAUAACUAUGGCUUGCUCCCAAUUCUGCUCUCUGGUCUCUUGGGCUAGUUCUCUCAUGCACAGACAAGCUAGUCCUGUUGCCAAACAGUGACUGACUGACGUUAGAUUCAGCAGGUAGUAUUUAUGGAAUCAUUACAAUCCCCAAUUGAUGUCUAGGGAGGUGGUCUUUUUUUGUUUUUUUUUUUUCCCUCUCUAUAUUGUGCUGUAACAGUUGUGGAUGAUAUUAUUUACCUCUAGGCUGUUUUUCCUAUGAUGUUUAACCAGAGCUGAUAAAGAACUUAGGCUUCACUCAUUUUAAACUUUAAUGAUACUCCACUGGUUCCCAGCUGGUAACGUUUUA